GAGGGGCACCAGACAUCAGCAUUCUUCGUGUAGCCUCGCACCAUCUGCCAUUUCUUAUGCGAUUACUCUCUCGCAACCCCAUCUCCUCGCGAACACUAUUACUCCCUUUUCGCAACCGCAUUUCCUUCUUCUCCACCCAGCUGCGACCCCACCAGCACGCAUCAACCCCGCCACGAACCCCUCCAACCGUCGUCUGGAGGGCAUACACCACCACCUCUGCGCUCAAGAUGAACGUCCAGGACCUUUCCGAGUCUGCGGGCUCCUCCAAGGACCUCAAGUUGGUCAACCGGCUUAGUGAGAGCAGAAGCCCGUACGUGCGAAGCCACAUGAACAACCCGGUCGCAUGGCAGAUGUGGGGAUCGGAGGCCAUCGCGCUGGCAAAGAAAUCGAACAGGCUGCUAUUCGUCAGCAUUGGAUAUGCGGCAUGUCAUUGGUGUCAUGUAAUGGAACGGGAGUCCUUCGAGAACCGCGAUGUCGCCGCCCUCCUCAACGCUUCCUUCAUCCCCAUCAAACUCGACCGCGAAGAGCGACCCGAUAUCGAUCGCAUCUACAUGAACUAUGUGCAGGCGACAACUGGGUCUGGUGGCUGGCCUCUCAACGUCUUCCUCACGCCGGGUUUGGAGCCGAUCUUUGGCGGAACGUAUUGGCCCGGUCCAGGCUCCACUACUGUAAUGAAAGAUGGUAUCGGGUUCGUGGGCAUACUGGAGAAGAUACGCGACGUGUGGAAGAAUGAGCAGCAGCGGUGUCUAGAAUCAGCAAAAGAAAUCACAGCGCAGUUGAGGGAGUUUGCGCAGGAGGGCACCAUAAGUCGGCAAGGAGAGGCGGAGCCCGAAGGACUGGAUCUGGAGUUACUGGAAGAGGCGUAUGAACAUUGGGCUGCGAAGUUCGACCCUGCGCACUCUGGAUUCGGAGGAGAACCAAAGUUUCCGACACCAGUAAACCUAGCUUUUUUGCUCAAGCUAGGCCAGUAUCCGAGCGCGGUGGAAGAUAUGGUGGGACAGAAGGACUGCGAUAAUGCGAAAGAGAUGGUGCUGAAUACCUUGAAGGCUAUGAACAGGGGUGGUAUUCAUGACCAGAUUGGGAACGGGUUUGCGAGAUAUUCAGUGACGAGGGAUUGGAGUUUGCCUCACUUCGAGAAGAUGUUAUAUGAUCAAGCACAACUCCUUUCCGUCUACCUAGAUGCCUACCUAAUAAGCAAGGAUGCUGAGCUGCUCGAUGCCGUAUACGACAUCGCAACUUACCUCACCUCGCCGCCCAUGCAAUCCUCUACCGGCGGCUUCUUCUCCGCAGAAGACGCGGACUCAUUCUACCGGCCCAACGACAAAGAAAAGCGCGAAGGCGCCUUCUACGUCUGGACACUCAAGGAGUUCCAAUCGAUCCUCGGCGACCGCGACGCAGAAGUGCUGGCUAGGUACUACAACGUGCAGGAAAACGGCAACGUGGAACCCGAGCACGAUGCCCACGACGAAUUCAUCAACCAGAACGUUCUUGCUAUCAGCAGCACCCCGGAAGCUCUCGGAAAGGAGUUUGGCCUCUCGAACGAAGACGUCCUCAAAACUCUCAAAGACGGCCGGGAGAAACUACGCGCACAUCGCGAGAAAGAGCGUCCACGGCCGAGUCUGGAUGACAAGAUUGUUGUUGCGUGGAAUGGUCUCGCGAUCGCUGCCCUAGCGAGGACGAGUAAUGUGAUAGGGGGGUUAGAUAAAGAGAGGUCUAGCAGGUAUCUGAAGGCAGCGACAGACGCGGCUGCGUUCAUCAAGAAAGAGCUCUGGAACGAGAAGGACGGAACCAUGAAGCGUGUAUAUCGCGAAGGGCCAGGCGACGCGCCAGCUUUUGCAGACGACUACGCGUUCCUAAUAAAGGGGCUCAUCGAGCUAUACGAAGCAACAUUCGAUGAUGCGUAUCUGGAGUGGGCGGAUCGGUUGCAGCAAACCCAAAUCUCCCUCUUUUGGGACACCGCCCACCUCGCCUUCUUCUCCACCGCCGCGCACCAAACCGACCUCAUCCUCCGCCUGAAAGACGGCAUGGACAGCGCCGAGCCCUCCACCAACGGUAUUUCGGCACAGAACCUCGACCGCCUCGCUUUGCUACUCGAUGACGACACCUACUCUACCCGCGCGCGCCAGACGUGCGACGCGUUUGAGGCGGAGGUCAUGCAACAUCCUUUCCUCUUCGCGAGCCUGCUCGACUCGGUGGUAGUCGGCAGGCUAGGGCUGAAGAGUGUAGCGCUGACGGGUGAGGGUGAGAGGGUGGAGAAGUGGCUACAAUCUUGGAGAGAAAAAGCAGGUGGUGUGGUAAGUAGAGUCGGCGGCGGAGCGAGGAGCGAGUGGCUGAGGAAGCGGAAUAAGUUGGUCGGCAGCUUGGAUGUGAAGAAAGAGAGCGUUAUGGUGUGUGAGGGGGGCCGGUGUACGGAGGAGCUGGGGACAGGGAUGGGGGAGAUGGCGAAGGCGUUGGGGGAGCUUAGGUGAGGUAAGUCGGUAUAUCAGGUCUGUGUGGUGGAGUUCAAUUGAUGGUGAUUCUAUGUCGACACUUGGUUCUUGAGGAGUUGGUGGAAGAUUUGUAGAUCUGAUCUUGGUGAGAGAUGGGCACUUCUUCGAACUUCAAACUUCCCUUGUCCCUUAUAAUUUCUAAACAGAAGCC